AUGGAGAGCUUGAAUUCAGUUGUUGGCAGCAAUGAACAAAUUAAGGAACCACAUGUUAUAAAUGCAUCGGACAGUGAUUUUGGGGAAGAUGGAAUGGACGAAGUUAGCUCGAUUCAUUUUGAAUCACCAGGUGGUGGUAUGUAUUGGAAACCUCUGACGGCAUACAGAGAGAAACAUGAGGACGGUACAGUUCUUCUUAAAAACAUUGUUUGCAGUAGAGCUGGCAGCAAUGAAUCAAAGAUGGAUGUUGAUUAUGAGGAUUUUAGUAGCAGUUCGAAAAAGAGAAGGAGAACUGUAUCUAGUAGAUGUGGUUGCAAAGCUAAAGUUGUUUUUAAGUUUGAUGGUUUGAAAGGAUAUAAUGUUCUCUCAUUCGUUGAAGAGCAUUCUCAUUUUUUGGUCUCCGGUAGUGGGAAACAAUUUUUGAAGUCAAAUAGAGUUCUCGGUCUCGCACAUAAGAAACUUGUAUUUGAUGGAGCAAAAGCCAACAUGGGGCCUAACAAAACAUAUAACUUUGCUAAAGAGUUGUGUGGAAGUUAUUCUAAUGUUGGUGCUACUUGUACCGAGUUUAAAAAUUGGAGUAGGGAUGUGAAGCUUUAUAUUGGUGAUCGAGAUGCUCAAAUGAUCAUCGAGAAGUUCACGGAUAAGAAGGAGAUGAGUGAUGGAUUUUUCUAUGAUUAUGCAGUCGAUGAAGGGGGUCGAUUAACUCGCAUCUUUUGGGCAGAUGUUAUUGGGCGAAGAAAUUACGAUGUAUUUGGAGAUGUGAUAUCAUUUGACUCUACAUAUUCCACAAACAAGUACAACAUGAAGUUUGUUCCAUUUACUGGUCUCGACAAUUAUAAGAAGUGUGUUGUAUUUGCAGCAGGAUUGAUAGCUAAAGAGGACAUUGAUAACUAUGUCUGGAUUUUUGAGGUAUUCAUGAAAUGCAUGAUUCGCGAGCCAAAGUGUAUUGUUACAGAUCAGUGCCCUGCCAUGAAGCAAGCUAUACCAACUGUCUUUACAGAAGCACGUCACCGUUUGUGCAUGUGGCACAUCAUGAAGAAAUUUAACCAAAAGUUGGCAAAAUGCAUUUCGAAGAUGGAUGAUUUCAAGAGGAAGAUCAAUGCACUGAUUUGGAGUAUAGAUAUAGAUCCAGCAACAUUUGAAGUCGGUUGGAAAGAUGUUAUGAAAGAAUAUAAGCUUGAAAGUCAUGAAUGGUUGUGUGAACUGUAUAACAUUCGGGAGUCAUGGAUUCCAGCCUAUUAUGUUGAUGAUCCAAUGGCCGGUUUAUUGCGGACUACAUCAAUAUCAGAGAGUGAGAACAGUUUCUUUGACAAAUUCAACCGUAGAUCUGACACAUUAACGAAAUUUUAUCUCCGAUACGAGAGUGCUAUGGAGAAGCAAAGGCAUACAAACGCAAGAUUAAACUAUGAAGGAACGAAGUCGAUGCCAAGAAUGGACACUCCAUUGUUAUUGGAGAGGGAUGUAGCAGAGUUGUACACUCGAAUAAUGUUUUAUGAGGUGAAACACGCUUACUUGAAUAAUGACGUGCAAUGUACGUGUAGGCUGUUUGAGAAAAUGGGUAUAUUCAAGGAAAUAUCAGAACAGUGCAAUGCAAUUGAAGUUACAAAUCGUAAGUUGAAUGACAUAUGGUAUGAUUUCCAAUCCUAUGUGAGUUUGGCAGGUCUAGAUGGUGAGAGACUUGUCUACCUGGAAGGGAAGUUGAAGGAGUUGAAGCACAGUUUGCGUGAAUCUAGUUGGAAAUCUGACACACAGAACAAAAAUGAUGUAAUGGAGUUUUUUGUUGGCUCAAAAAUACCAGCGGAAGUGAUCGUUAAACCUCCCAUUGAAGGUAGAAACAAGGGGUGUGGACGGAGAAUUGUUGGUGAUUAUGAGAAAUCACUUACUCAACAAAAAAAGAAGGUGCCAAGAAUCAUAUUUAUGAAUACAUUUCUUAUGCAAAUUGCUGAAUUGUGUUUAGAUGGUGAGAGACUUGACUACCUGGAAGGGAAGUUGAAGGAGUUGAAGCACAGUUUGCGUGAAUCUAGUUGGAAAUCUGACACACAGAACAAAAAUGAUGUAAUGGAGUUUUUUGUUGGCUCAAAAAUACCAGCGGAAGUGAUCGUUAAACCUCCCAUUGAAGGUAGAAACAAGGGGUGUGGACGGAGAAUUGUUGGUGAUUAUGAGAAAUCACUUACUCAACGAAAAAAGAAGGUGCCAAGGCUGUGUAAUAUGUGCAAAAUAAUCGAUUUCCAUGACGCACAGACAUGCCCAUUAAAGAAAACAGUACAACAAAGUGAUGUUUAA